CACAGUCUGACAAGCUGAAGAGCAAUGGCAAAUACAGUGCUUUACAUAGCUAUAGACUUUGGCACAUCCUACAGCGGAUAUGCCAUCAGCUUUAAAACCAAGCAGCCGCAAGAAUCAAUUCAAAUUCCUAACUGGGGUGUAAACUUUGGCUACAAUACCUUCAAGACCCCCACCUGCAUUUUGUUUGAUGAACAUGAAACGUUUCAGAAGUUUGGCUAUGAUGCCAUGAUGACGUACACACGGUCAACUCCAAAAAGUCAGGCGAGGAAGAGCUAUCUGUUUGAACACUUUAAAAUGGAGCUCUACGACAAGGAAAUCCACCGGGAUCUGAUGAUCACUGCAAAAAACGGAGGCCAAAUGAAGGCGCUGACCGUUUUUUCAGAGAGUCUGCGAUAUCUGAAGGAUCACGCACUGGACAAGAUCAAUGAAAACACAACCGGCAAGACGUUCAUUGCCUCAGACGUUACAUGGGUCCUGACUGUUCCUGCCAUCUGGAACGCAGCUGCCAAACAGUUCAUGAGAGAAGCAGCUAUUAAGGCAGAUCUAGUGAUAGAGUCUGAGCCAGAGAGGCUUGUCUUUGCUCUGGAGCCCGAGGCUGCAUCUAUUUACUGCAAACAACUGCCAAGUGAAGGCUACAUAGCAGAGGAGGCUUGUCAAGACACACUGGAACAAAAACCUGGAACCCAGUAUAUGGUUGUGGAUUGUGGAGGUGGCACUAUUGAUAUAACGGUUCAUGAGGUGGUCGAGGAUGGCAAUCUGAAGGAACUGCACGCCGCUUCCGGAAAUGACAUGGGUGGACAGACAGUAGACAGAAAGUUCAUCUCUUUUCUGAAAGAGAUAUUUUCAGAGAAAAUUUACAACAAGUUUGCACAAGAGUUCCCAUCAGAGGCUCUGAAAUUAAAAUAUGACAUUGCUCUAGCUAAAUCUUGUGAUGAACUUGUGCUCAUCCAGUGCCCAGUGUCCUUGCAGGACCUCGCCAAGAAAGAAAAGACAAUAGAGAGUUACUUUGAGGGCGUUGAGGGAGCAGAAUGGGACGAGGGCUCGAUCAUAAUCAAAGAGGAUAAACUGCAGAGCUUUUUUGAUGAAAGCCUCAAGGCAACAGCAGAAAAACUUGAGGAGAUCAUGAGCAACCCUGAGCUGAACAUCGAGUUCAUGCUGUUAGUCGGAGGCUUUGCUGAAUGUAAAAUUCUGAAGAAGUUUCUGAAGGAGCACUUUAAUAAAUGCAAAAUUAUCUGCCCUGUUGAGCCCCAGGUAGUAAUAAUCAAAGGAGCAAUCAGAUAUGCCAAACAGCCCAAAGUGGUGAAAUCCCGUGUGAGUGCUCUAACAUACGGGAUCAGAAUAGAUGCACCCUUCGAUGAGGUAUUACACAAUUGCAAGAGUAGCUAUGUGAACAGUGUAGGACAGGCGUACUGUGAUGUCUGUUUCGAAACAUUCGUUAGAAAGGGAGACUCAGUCAACUGUGAUGAAGUUCGACAGUUCUUUUUUAAUCCAUCAGACACCCAUCAAACCUCUGCCACCUUUCAGUUCUUCAGCACAGAUAAAAAACAGCCGCAGUUUAUCGAUGAGCUGGGAGUUGAGCCGGUUGGCUUUUUUACAGUAGGAAUGCCCAAAACUGAUGGGGGCUUGAGUCGUGAAAUCAAGUUGGAAAUAAAAUUUGGCUCCACAGAAAUGAAGGCAACUGCAACUGAUGUUGAUUCUGGAGUAACUACAUCAGUCAAGCUUGACUUUAUUAACAAUUAAUGUUAAACACACUUCAAGAGUAGUGAAGAAAGCAAUGUCGCCACCGUUCUACAUAUCUAAAAUACGUUACAAACAUGCAGUGUCUAUUUAAUGCAUCAGUUAUGUCAAUUACUAACGUUUCUUACCACAAAUAAUCAGUAAUAGAGUCACUACCGUGAUUGGUAGUAUCUGACAUGAGGCAGAGUGAAAAUUAAAUAGCUAAUUAGUAUAUGAAAAAAAUGGUUUCUAAAAUGGUGGUUUUCUUUCUUUCUUUCUUUCUUUCUUUCUUUCUUUCUUUCUUUCUUUCUUUCUUUCUUUCUUUCUUUCUUUCUUUCUUUCUUUCUUUCUGUUGUGAAUGUUUAUUAUUGAAUGAUUGAAUGAGGAACCCAGUUGGGCCAUGUUUCAGACAGGUUAUCCUCUACUCUGAGCUAGUAAUUUAUCAUUGUUGGACAAUCAACAGAUCCCGAAGCUAGCUCACUUCUUAAAAGAUAUGUUGUUCUUUAGUCUAAUAAUCAGCGGACCCUCUGAACGCAGGUAUCCCAGAGACCUGAACAGAAAACAGAAAAAAGUAAAUGUUUUUAAAACCAGGUUUUGAAACAUGACUACAAUCAUUAUUAUUGAUUAUUUAGUAUAAAAAACAAUUUAUAUUCUAGCUGCAUAUCAUAUUACACUUAAUCUAGGGUAGCACUGCAGCAUUUCAUUGCACAGCCUUAGGAAGUGUGUUGAGUUUGAUCACAGAAUGGGGCAAAAGGGAAAUUUAUAGAGAUUUUACAAACUUACAGUUCAUGUAAUGCAAUGUGCAUUUAUCUAGCGCAUUUAUCUAGUGGAUAUUGUGUAUUGCCAUACAGUCAAAUAACCCUAACCCUAACACUGUGUAAUUUCCCUCUAAAGUAUGUCAUUUUACCAUGUCAUUGUGUGUUACAAAUCAAAAUAAAAGCAACUGUUCAUUAAA